AUGGCAACAUUUAACGGAACUACAACAGAAUUCCCGUCAAUUGACAAAAUAGACUUUACCAAAGUAAUGGAAGGAAUGAAAUUUAAUGGCGAAAACUGGCCCAAAUACUACGAUACAUUUAUGAAAAACAUCCAAAGCUAUGUACCUAUCGAACUAUUAACAACCGGAUUCUUCUCUGGAAGUAAGAAUUCAGGAUAUAUUAGAAUAGACGAUAUGGGUGAAAUAAUAGCAAACCCAAGAGCUACUGACUUAUAUAGAGGACAAUAUAAUAUUGUAUUCAUGCGACAACUUUGGAAAAAAUUA